GGAAGCAGACGCGGAGGAGGGUCAGCGCAAAUGGCAGACCAGAGCAAGGGCAGCGUCGCUGGGGCGGCUCACGCGACGCCGUCGCCCAAAAUCGUCGUCAAGAGCAUCGACAUGGGCGAGAAGAUGCGUGUCGACGCUAUCGAUUGCGCCCGGGCUGGAUUUGAGAAGCACACAGUAGCUAAGGAAGUUGCCGAGUACAUCAAGAAGGAAUUUGAUAAGAAUUACGGGCAAACUUGGCAUUGCAUUGUUGGUCGCGACUUCGGAUCCUAUGUUACACAUGAGACCAACCACUUCAUUUAUUUUUAUGUGGAUAAGAUAGCUGUCUUGUUAUUCAAAUCUGGAUGAGAGUGUGCCUUCCUGUAAUUUGAUACUUGUAUUUCAUGUUGAAUCUUUAUAUUGUCUAUUUGUUUUGCGGAGUUGCUGCACUGA